AUGGCGCCACUCAGGGGAACUUCCAUGUUAGGAGCGGCAGCACUCUCAAGGCCUUGGAGUCCAAAGUCAAAUCCUUACGAUGAGUUGUUCGAGACAUACAGCGGAAGAGAGCACAAGCCAGGGCCAAGCUCAGGAAGAAUGAAGUUGGUGCACUUCAAGAAUCUCGAUCGGCAGGACAGAAGCUUCAAACCAGGUGCAGGGCACUCAUCCCGCAAGAGAGGGGGCUACAGGAGCAGCGAAAGUAGUCCUAUUAUUGGAGCAAGGCUGAACGUGCUACUACUUCGGUCCAGACGCCAAGUACAAGACGACGCAGCGCCACUACCUGGAUAA